AUGCAGGGUUCUCCGCGUUGUUACAUGGGAACCUUAGACAACUUCGUGUCCAUGUCGGCAGGACUCAGAGGAGCCACGCAACCUGACAAAAUGGUGCCGGACUCCCCAGGCAUGGCCAGCAGAGGGGAUUCUCCAUCAGACCUUGGGACCGAGGACACCCUCCAUGGCAUCAGGGCAGAGCUGGCCAGGAUCGGACGCAAUAUGCUUACAAGGGCAGACACCAGCUCCCUGGGCCGAGAGAUCCGGGAGGCGAUCCGUGAGGAUCUGGUGGCCCGAGUUGAUGCAGUUGAAGCGGAGGCAAGACUGAGCAGCCAACAACAUCGCACAACCGAAAUGGCUGCUACCAGACAGGGAAACAUGCUGAUCUCCCUGAGGCGUCAGGUUGAGGACUUAGAGAAUAGAAGCAGGCGGCAGAAAAUCCAGGUCAAGGGGGCUCCCUGA